UCUCCUUUUCAUCGAACUGGGUAGCAGUAGGCAGCUGCACUCCAAGUCCCAUAGCUCCCAUUGCAGCCUACUGCACAGGCUCAGAGACCAUAGCUAGGAGGAGGUGGUUCGUUGUCUCUAUUGUACGAUUUUGUGUCCGCCUCCCCCCUCCAGUCUUUUGUACAUUUCACGGGAGGUUAAAAUUGGGAGUGAAAAGCAUGGCUGAUGAGCAAGAAAUCAUGUGCAAACUCGAGAGCAUCAAGGAGAUCAGGAAUAAGACUUUGCAGAUGGAGAAAAUAAAAGCACGACUAAAAGCAGAAUUUGAAGCCCUGGAGUCUGAGGAGAGACACCUGAAAGAAUACAAACAGGAAAUGGACCUGCUGCUGCAAGAGAAGAUGGCCCAUGUGGAGGAGCUGCGGCUGAUCCACGCUGAUAUUAAUGUGAUGGAGAAUACUAUCAAGCAGUCAGAGAAUGAUCUCAACAAGCUAUUGGAAUCUACUCGUCGCCUUCAUGAAGAAUACAAACCCCUGAAGGAGCACGUAGAUGCUUUACGGAUGACUCUCGGUUUACAGAGGCUGCCAGAUCUUUGUGAGGAGGAGGAGAAACUGUCCCUCGAUUAUUUCGAAAAGCAGAAAGCAGAAUGGCAGACAGAACCACAGGAGCCUCCCAUCCCAGAGUCUCUGGCUGCAGCUGCAGCUGCUGCCCAACAGCUGCAAGUGGCUAGGAAACAAGAUACCAGACAGACAGCAACUUUUAGACAACAGCCACCUCCAAUGAAGGCAUGUUUAUCGUGUCACCAACAAAUUCAUCGGAAUGCACCCAUCUGUCCACUCUGCAAAGCAAAGAGCCGAUCUCGGAAUCCCAAAAAGCCCAAGAGGAAACAAGAUGAGUGAAGAAGGACAGAAGAAUGGGAAUAUAUAUGACCAGUCCUAAUACCUUUCCAGUAGAACUGUAAAUGUAGCCAGACUUAAUGAAGUGCAAAAUCAAGUAUGAUUGACUCAUUGUUUUCUAUUUAAUGCUACGUAAGCACAAUGUUUCUGUUCUGUCUUAAUUUCCUUCUACUCCUUGAGAUUCGGUUUUAGGAAAAGAAAUACUAAUGGUGCUAAAGCUUAACAUUUCAAGCAUUGUAUCUUUUGGACCUUAAAGAAAAUAGUAUCCUAAAUGUCAGACUAUUCCUAUCAGCCAAAUGUAAGUACCACAAGUUCUUUUAUGCCCACUUUUUAAGCAGAUAUUUCUAAAAAUAAUCCAAUCUUUUCCUCAAAUCAGAAGACUACUUGAAGUGCAGAAAUAGGAGAUUGUCUCGCUGUUCUCUAAAGAACAACUUCUCUACCUGGCUAGUAAUACUACAUAGGCUUGAGUAUCAAGUAGAACUGUUUUUAUAAUGGAUAUGUUAAUGGGGGGAAUAUAUAUAUAUAAAAAUAGGAAAUCAGUGCAUCAGAACACAAUUGAAUUUUGAUCAAUUACUAGAGCUUGAUUGUACUAUUCCCUCAAAUUUGGCUUAAAAUUUGGAAGGCAGAUCAAGUUGUAGGAUAACAUAACUUGUGAUGCAUACAAAUGACAUAAUUUAUGAUGCAUUACCAUCAGCAGUCAGAAGACUGACUUAAGUAUAAGGCUAAAAUGAACUGCAUUAGUGAUCUUCCUAGGAGCUGUGACCAAUGGAUUCUCUACAUAUCACACAUCAAAUAACAAAUACCUCUUUGCCUCUGUGGCUGCAACAUUAACCAUUCUGCAUGUGUUCUCUUCCUGGUUUCUGCCGCCAAAAUCCUGAACAAACUUAUCCUGCAAUAGACCACAGGGAAGCUCAGUAGCAUGCAAAAUGAAAAAUUAGACAUUUCACCAGAUCCCACUUUCCCCACCCCACUCUUGUUCCUGCCAAUGAAAACUAACUAGUUGUUUGUCUUUUUGUAAGUAACUUUCAAGCUAGUUUUAUUUCAGCCCAGAGUAGUUUCUUGCUCUAUACAUAGGCCAAAAGUACUCUGAUUAGGGGAUACUUCAGACUUCUCGGUGUAUCUGUGUCCUCCCGUUUCCUCUCAUGUAAUUAGAGCUUCUCCAAAGGAGAAAAUGAUGGUGACUCAACUACAGAACUGAGGCUUAAAAUCUAUUGCUUUCUCAUUUUGUCAUUGGUUUUGUUGUCUAAACUGAUAGUAAGUCUUAACUAUUCUUUCUCCUUUUCUCCUAACUUUAGGAGAAAGGACUGCCAGUCUAGACUCUUCCUCUCUUUUUAGUCCAUUUCUGUUGUCUAUAAUUAUGCUCCAUUGGCUAUAUUAAGAAUUUUGCUUGUUAGACAGUAAGGACAGUGAAGUCCCAAAUCCCUGAUCACAAGACUUGAACAAAAUAGUGGGGGCCAAUACAAAAGAUUCUGUUGGCCAAAUCACAUACGUCACUAUGCAUUUCUUAAUUCUAUCAUAAAGUACAUGAGUAUUUUAUUGAAAAUAGUCCUAUAAUUUAUGGCAAGUUCGCAUGAUAUUGGUCCAUUUUAAUGUUUCACAACCAAAUAAACAUCUCAGUGGAAUAUGGACCAUGUGGCCCUGAAAAUACAUCAAAAGCAGUUUCUGUUAGGCAUGUGACUGGGGCUUAGUCUCUGUGCAAUGGAGAGGCUAUUCAUUAGCUCUCUUACUCAUUGCUCUCUCCACCAGGUAGCGGCAGUGUUCUAAUUCUUUAUCCUUAUGCAUAUUUCCUAACAUCAAUAUUGAAUUCUGUGUUUAAAUAUCAAAGUGGCCAUAUGAUGCCUGCCCCGAUCAGAGGAUUUUAUUUGGCUUAAGGAAAAAUAUGCACAGUUAAAAGAAUAGCACAUAGGCUUCUUAUUAUUGCAAGCAUGAGAACAGGAUACUUCUGAUAAUGGAGGUACAAAAAUUUAAAAAGUAACAAUGGACAGUGGGUGAAUUGUCUGCAAUGA